AUGCACCUAUUCCCCAAAGAAGGUGCGGUCUUACCGGGUAAUAACACAGUCCAGGUGGUUUUCCAGAGGCAGAAUUUCUGCUGCAACAGCCCCAUGGCAUUUUUCUUCAAGAUUUAUGAGGAAUCCAAGAUGAAUUUGGAGCAGGAGAGGCCGUUUGUCUGCAGUGCCCCGGGCUGCUCUCAGCGCUUCCCAACAGAGGACCAUCUGAUGAUUCAUAGGCACAAGCAUGAAAUGACUUUGAAGUUUCCCUCAAUAAAAACAGACAAUAUGUUAUCAGAUCAGACUCCGACCCCAACGAGAUUCCUGAAGAACUGUGAGGAAGUGGGGCUCUUCAAUGAGCUGGACUGCUCCCUUGAGCAUGAGUUCAGGAAGGCUCAGGAGGAGGAGAGCAGCAAGCGGAAUAUCUCGAUGCAUAACACAGUUGGUGGGGCCAUGGCGGGGCCCGGAGCUCACCAGCUUGGCAGCACCCGGAUGCCCAACCAUGACACCAGUGUUGUGAUUCAGCAAGCCAUGCCGUCACCCCAGUCCAGCUCUGUCAUCACCCAGGCACCUUCUACCAACCGCCAGAUCGG